AUGCGACGAACCGCACUCUUUUCCGCCGCGACGGCACUACUCACUAGUACCACAACCGCACAAGCCACAGCAUCAACAUCGUCAAAACGUGGUCUCUGCUACGUGCCCUCCGAAGACCAUCCCGACGACGAUAAGAUAUGGACAACCGGUCCAUCACCACCGACAUGGUACUACAAUUACCAGAAGGACCCAUCGCCAGCCUACGCCAAUGACCCAGACAUGCAAUUCGUUCCCAUGCUCUGGGGGGCCAGCGAUAGCGACACUGGAACCCCCUUCCUCGACUCAGUCAAGAAGCAAAUCGCCGACGGACACAACAUAAGCUACGUCCUUGGCUUCAACGAGCCCGAUGGUGGCCACAGCACUGGUGGUUCCAACCUCGCCGUCACCACAGCAGCCGCUCGCUGGAAAGCCGAGAUUGAGCCACUGAAAGAACUCGGCAUUAAACUGGGUGCGCCUGCUGUUACUGGCGCAGAGUCUGGUUGGCAGUGGUUGGAAAACUUCUUCAACGAGUGUGAUGGCGGUUGCAAUCCUGAUUUUAUCCCAGUACAUUGGUACGGAAACUUCGAGGGCAUGAUGAGCCAUGUUGGACAGGUUACGAACAAAUGGCCGAAUUUGACAGUCUGGGUUACCGAGUAUGGUUACCCGAAUCAGCCGCUCGAGGCGACGCAGACUUUCUACAAUCAGAGUGCUCAGAGCUUUGAUAGCUGGCCCAACGUCACACACUACUCCUACUUCGGCGCCUUCCGCUCUGAUGUCAGCAACGUGGGCGCCAACGCCGCUAUGCUUACCCAGGACGGCAAAUUGACGGAUAUUGGAUCCUGGUAUAUGGGUGGCGCUGAGACGAACAAUGUGCCAAAGGCUUCUGGUGCUUCCAUGGUGGGAGCUGCGCCGAGUGCUUUAGUGUUGAGUCUGGUGGCUGUGGUUGGGGUUUACCUUGCUUAG